AUGUUACUCCGUGCUCUCCUGAUUACGUUAUGCGUCGUUGAAUUACCGUACGUUGUCCGGGCACGGUUUGGUAUGGGACUUGGAUUAAUAGGACUUCGACGAUUUGGAUACGGAAGACUUGGGCGUGGCGGUUGGGGUCGUCCAUACGACCGUGGCUACGGAUAUAGUCAGCCCUACGGUAGUGGCUAUGGAUGGAGUCAACCGCACGGUGGUGGCUAUGGAUGGAGUCAGCCGUACGGCGGUUAUGGCGGUAGCUGGUACACAUAG